AUGAACAUUAAUAUAAACUAUGAACUUUGGAUGAUUAUGACAUGUCGUUUGUGGUUCAUCAAUCAUAUCAAGUGUACCACUAUGGUGUCUGCUGCAGAUAUUUCAUCAAAUAAGGAUGAUGAAGAAAACUCUAUGCACAAUACAGUUGUGUUGUUUUCUAGCAGUGACAAGUUCACUUUGAAUCAGGAUAUGUGUGUAGUUUGUGGCAGUUUUGGCCAAGGAGCAGAAGGAAGAUUACUUGCCUGUUCUCAGUGUGGUCAGUGUUACCAUCCAUACUGUGUCAGUAUUAAGAUCACUAAAGUGGUUCUUAGCAAAGGUUGGAGGUGUCUUGAGUGCACUGUGUGUGAGGCCUGUGGGAAGGCAACUGACCCAAGAAGACUCCUGCUGUGUGAUGAUUGUGACGUAAGUUAUCACACCUACUGCCUAGACCCUCCAUUGCAGACAGUUCGCAAAGGAGGCUGGAAGUGCAAACGGUGUGUUUGGUGCAGAUGCUGUGGAGCAACAUCUGCAGGUCUAAGAUGUGAAUGGCAGAACAAUUACACACAGUGUGCUCCUUGUGCAAGCUUAUCUUCCUGUCCAGUCUGCUAUCGAAACUAUAGAGAAGAAGAUCUUAUUCUGCAAUGUAGACAAUGUGAUGGAUGGAUGCAUGCAGUUUGUCAGAACUUAAAUACUGAGGAAGAAGUGGAAAAUGUAGCAGACAUUGGUUUUGAUUGUAGCAUGUGCAGACCCUAUAUGCCUGCGUCUAAUGUGCCUUCCUCAGACUGCUGUGAAUCUUCACUUGUAGCACAAAUUGUCACAAAAGUUAAAGAGCUAGACCCACCCAAGACUUAUACCCAGGAUGUUGUGUGUUUGACUGAAUCAGGGAUGACUCAGUUACAGAGCCUCUCAGUUACAGUUCCAAGAAGAAAACGGUCAAAACCAAAAUUGAAAUUGAAGAUUAUAAAUCAGAAUAGCGUGGCCAUCCUUCAGACCCCUCCAGACAUCCAAUCAGAGCAUUCAAGGGAUGGUGAAAUGGACGAUAGUCGAGAAGGAGAACUUAUGGAUUGUGAUGGAAAAUCAGAAUCUAUUCCUGAGUGGGAAGCUGUUGAUGAUGAAACUAAGGGAGUGGAAGGAACAGAUGAUGUCAAAAAGAGAAAAAGGAAACCAUACAGACCAGGUAUUGGUGGAUUUAUGGUGCGGCAAAGAAGUCGAACUGGGCAAGGGAAAACCAAAAGAUCUGUGAUCAGAAAAGAUUCCUCAGGCUCUAUUUCUGAGCAGUUACCUUGCAAAGAUGAUGGCUGGAGUGAGCAGUUACCAGAUACUUUAGUUGAUGAAUCUGUUUCUGUUACUGAAAGCACUGAAAAAAUAAAGAAGGGAUACCGAAAAAGGAAAAAUAAGCUUGAAGAAACUUUCCCUGCCUAUUUACAAGAAGCUUUCUUUGGAAAAGAUAUUCUAGAUACAAGUAGACAAAGCAAGAUAAGUUUAGAUAAUCUAUCAGAAGAUGCAGCUCAGCUUUCAUACAAAACAAACAUGAACACAGGUUUCUUGGAUCCUUCCUUAGAUCCACUACUUAGUUCAUCCUCGGCUCCAACAAAAUCUGGAACUCACGGUGGACAUACAGGAACUGAAUCUGAAAUAGGUGGUAAGGAAAAUCCCCUGAAAUUUGAAAAUGUGUGCCUGAGAGGUGAUUUUGAUCUCUCCUUUGGCAGCUGCACGCUGUAG